CUCCCUGUGGACCUUACCCCUGGCCAGAUACGCUGCAGCAAGAAAGAGGUGGUGCUAACGCGGGGAGCAGAGCGUCUGGCCACCCGGGAAGACAAAAGAAAGCUUUACAACUUCUUCAGCUCCUUUGAGGGGAUUGGAGGCUUCCAAGACCACUUUGACUGGUGGGCCAGAAAUCAGUUCUCUUCCCGGGGUGGGAAGCCCCUGUGGAUAGACCCCCAUGAUCCUGACAUUCAGCACAUCUUCAUUGAUGACAACAUCCGGCUGGAUGAUGGAGACACCAUUGUUCACCCCCAGGUAUUCUCAGAGCAGGGCAGCAGCAGUCCCAGGAGCGUGCCCACCUCAGCACUGUACAACAUUUGCCUGGUGCAAACCAAUCUGCUGGAGGCCAUUGCUGACGAGGACUAUUUCCUGAGCUGUGUGAGGAGGUGCGAGGAGAACUACGACCGCUACCUGGCCUGCGUGGAGAAGGACACCCCGAGCCAGCAGUGGGAUGGACAGUGAUGGCACCUCAUGGGGCUGAGUGCCUCCAGACUGGGACACCACCUGCUUCCUGCUGCACGCAGUCAGAGUCCCAGGCGGGCUCCUGCUUCAAGCUGUUACCUCUCCAAUGUGCAAUGUGGGCGUUCAGUCCUACCAGGACCUUCCAUGAGCAAACACAAGCAUCCUGGGAGCUUGUGUGAUGGGAUUUUUGGAGGAAAUGGUUUUCCAGUCUUUGGCAGUGUUGCCCGUGGUGCCCACUUCUGCAUGAGGGCUGGGGCUCAGUGUCCCUCUGCAGUCACCAGGCAGGUCCCACCAUCCUGUGAUGCAGGCAGCCUCUCAGUGUUUGCACCUCACUUCCUGCUCCUGCAAUGAUGGCUGGUGCAGAGCAGGUGCCAGGAUGAGUACAGUGUUAGCAGCAGCAUCCCCAGGUGGCAUUUGUGGUGUGGUGUUCUCGGUGGAUGCCUUGUCACUUCUGUCUGUUUUUAAAGCAAACCUUUUUAGCUCA